GAUCUUUCCAGGGCUUUCUGGAUGAAUCUACUGAUCUCCCCUUCUCGUCGCAUGGUUGGGAAGAAUCCAUAACAUCAAGCCUCUAGUGGAGUAGUGUGGAGUAGUGCAGCUGAUCCUUGUAGUGACGUAUUGUAUUUUUGAAUGAUCUAGAAUAGAAUUAAAAAUGUCGCAGGAGGCAACUUUGUUGCAUUGCUACAAUCGUGGCUGUGGAAAAAAGUUUGAUCCAGACGAUAAUAAGGAAGGGGACUGUAUCCAUCACCCUGGUUAUCCUGUAUUUCAUGAUGCUUAUAAAGGGUGGUCUUGUUGUAACAAAAAGUGUACAGAUUUCACAGAAUUUUUGAACAUCAAAGGCUGUACAAAGUCACAACAUUCGAAUAUAAAACCACCAGAGUUAGAGAAACCUGUUGUUGAUAAAUCUAAGUCUAAUGAAGUAAUCAUAGUAACUGCUCCUCUGAAUAAUGGAUCUGCCUUAGAAAGGCCUCCAUUUGACACUCCACAAGUUAUUAUUACACCAACUGUUUCAUCCACAUUGCUAGAACAAAUUAAAGGGUUAACUUUUUCACAAUUAGAGAAUGUGUCUGAGACUAAAGUUGAAAUAGGACAAAGUUGUAAAAAUAAUGCAUGCAAAGGUGUAUAUAAUGGUCCUGCAUCUGAUGAUGAAAUAUGUAAUCAUCAUCCUGGCUCUCCUAUUUUCCAUGAAGGAAUGAAGUAUUGGUCGUGCUGUAGAAAAAAAACUACAGACUUCUCUACUUUCUUAGAACAACCAGGGUGCACGCAAGGAAAACAUGCAUGGGUUUCUAAGAAUACCAGUAAACAAAAAGAAUGCAGAUUGGAUUGGCAUCAAACAGGAACAUUUGUUGUAGUUUCUAUCUUUGCAAAAAGAUAUAAACCAAACCAAUCAGUUAUUAAAUUAAAUCCUAUACGUCUAUCCGUGGAUUUACUGUUUGCAGAAGAUAAUUCAAGAUAUGCCAUUGAUUUAGAGUUAAGAGGGGUUGUUGAUAUUAGUCAAAGCAGCGCUAACAUGCUUCCUACCAAAGUAGAAAUUAAAUUGAAGAAAGCUGAACCUGGAUCAUGGGCAAAGCUCUAUUUUUGUAGAGAAAAUAAAGUAGGAACUGAAGAAAAUACCCAAAACGAAGAGAAUAUUAGCGCACAAGUGGACGCUGUCGAUCUUAGCGAUCUUUAAACAUUCGUGUUUGAAUAUUUUGUUAAAAAAAUAAUUAUAGUUCGUGUAUCUAUGUUAUUUAUAAGAAUGGUAAUUUAAUUUUAAAAUAUAAAUAAAUAUUAUUUUCUUAACGUCGUCGGAAUUGCGUUUCCGAAAAAAUGAAAAUAAUUAGUAGUCACUUUGUUAUUUUCAUAUAUUAAAAAUGUCCAGGACUAAACUUUGAUAUUGAA